AGGCUGCUCAGUAACUUACUAGGAAACCAGGGGCGGUGGGCGCGCGCUUGGAAGGCUGCAGGCGCCAUGGGCAGAGUGAGGAACGGCGCCAGCACCCAGCCGCGGGGGCGAAAGCGUCCCGGGGAUCCCGCCACCGCCUGUGCAGCCAUCCCGGUCAUGGGCGCCCGGCGCCCCCCUUUCCAAGUCCGCGUGGGGAGCCACGCGGCGGGAAGGAAGUCAGCGGCGGCCAGGCGGGAUCCCGCAAGGUUGCGGCGGAAGCGCUGGUGGCGGCGGACCCGGGAGGCAGGCUCCAAAGGCCCGCUGCGAUCCCCGAAGCCCCCGGCGCCCGCCGUGUCCUCUGGCGAGAUGGACCUGGGCGCGCAGCGGGAGCGCUGGGAGACGUUCAGGAAGCGGCGGGGCCUCAGCUGCGAGGGCGCCGCCAAGUUCCUGCUGGACACCUUCGAGUACCCAGGCCUGGUGUAUCACACCGGAGGCUGCCACUGCGGCGCGGUCCGCUUCGCGGUCUGGGCCCCCGCAGACCUGCGCGUGGUGGAUUGCAGCUGCAGGCUGUGCAGGAAGAAGCAGCACCGACACUUCCUCGUCCCGGCCUCGCGCUUCACUCUCCUGCUGGGCGCCGAGAGCAUCGUCACCUAUCGAUCCCACGCGCACCCGGCGCUGCACAGCUUCUGCAGCAGGUGCGGGGUGCAGAGUUUCCACGCCUCUGUCUCUGACCCCGGCGUGUAUGGCGUCGCCCCGCACUGCCUGGACGCCGGCACCGUGCGCAGUGUGGUCAUCGAGGAGGUCGACGGUGGCGACUGGGGGGAGGAGGCCGUGAAGGAGCCCAAGGCCAUCCAGAGCGCGUCCCCCGAGUGAGCCCCUGCCUCUCCUCCCGAAGAGGAGCAGUGACUGGGGCCGCAACACGCCCGAAACAUUCCCCUCCCCCCGCUUUCCCCGAGGGAGCCACCUCAGUGCUUGUGAAGGGAUUGCUGUAUGAAAGAGGUCGGUUUUUGGACUGAUGAACCCGUGAUGUCUCUCCAGGCUUCCACCCCUUCCCUUUCAGUGUUUUGCAACGAACUUGGACUUGCUUAUGAUCAAAAAAACUGAGCACACAUUUGUCUGUCAACAGCCAUAAUCCAAUCCAAUAAGCAAGUAGUGUCUCUACUUUUUCAAGUCGCCUUGUGUAUCCCUGCCUUUUAUUCUUUAUUCUUCGUGUAGUUCUCGUACAUCAUUUUCAGAUCAUUCAUAUGUACUGUACCGUUACGGUGCUAUUGUGAACGAGAUUGCUUUUAAUGGUCGCAUCUGGUAUGCAGGACCACUCUCUAUAUCUAAACACUUUGGUGAACAUUUCUUAGGACGUUUCCUGUUGAUUAUCUGCGUGCGUUUGUGUAAUUUAGGUCAGCACUCGCGUUUUCGCUACUUAGAGAUAGGCGUUGAUUUCAGCCAUGUUGUUUAUUUAAUGUGUUUUUAUAUAAUAUGUUUAAGGCUCAUUAGUGUGACAUACCCCAUUGUGCUUAUGUUUUCACAUGAUGCUGCCACUUUCCUUGGUUUUGUUUUAGAAACUGCCUGUGCGUAGGGUGAUGGGGAGGCAGAAGAAUGAGAAGGAUGUCUGCGCUGUAUAUAUGUCCUCUUUGAUGUUUUGAAAUUCCUAUCUUGAACAUGUGUUAUGUAUUGAGAAAUUAGUAAAUACUUUUUAAAAU